ACGCCGCUCGCCUCCACAAGCAUGCGCGCUCACAUGCGGCGGGCAGCACGGCGCCAUGAAGCGGAGCAGCAGCAGCAGCAACAGCAGCAGAGGAGGAGAAUCACUCCACCCGCUCCAGAACCAGAACCAUGCCCACAGCGUGACCAAAGCAUAAGAUCAGGUUUGUCUUCGAUGCUAACGCUACGGCUUUCCCUGCGCAGCAGCCAUGACGAAUUACCGCGGAGCUGGAGGACGACCCGCCCCUCACUUCCCUAUUGGCCAGUUUGGCAUCAAGUCGCACUUGAGCCCGCCCUCCGAGAUGCAAAAGUUCUGCCUGAACUUAGCCGCAGGAGCGAGAGGUUAAUCGCUGAGCGGGAAGAGAUCGUCUCAGGUUCCGUGCGAGUGGGAGGUGUCGACGAGCAGGAGCCGAUGCCAUGGAUGCACUGAAUUUCAGCUAUUGGAACGCCUCAGAAGGCAACGACACUGAUGCGGCAGAGGAGCCCGAGGGCUCCUACAAGACUGUGGAGGUGGUCUUCAUUGUGCUGGUGGCCGGUUCCCUUAGCCUGGUCACGGUGAUUGGCAACAUCCUGGUCAUGGUCUCCAUAAAGGUCAACAGGAACCUGCAGACUGUCAACAACUACUUCCUCUUCAGCUUGGCGUGCGCCGACCUCAUUAUUGGACUCUGCUCCAUGAACUUGUACACAGUCUACAUCGUCAUCGGGUACUGGCCUCUGGGUCCGGUGGUUUGCGACUUGUGGCUGGCGCUGGACUACGUGGUCAGCAAUGCGUCCGUUAUGAAUCUGCUCAUCAUAAGCUUUGACAGGUACUUCUGCGUCACUAAGCCACUCAGCUACCCUGUAAAAAGGACCACCAAGAUGGCGGGCAUGAUGAUCGCUGCUGCCUGGGUCCUGUCCUUUAUCCUGUGGGCGCCAGCUAUCCUCUUUUGGCAGUUCAUCGUGGGCGGGCGGACAGUGCCAGAGAAGGAAUGCUACAUUCAGUUCUUCUCAAACGCAGCCGUCACUUUUGGCACCGCCAUCGCCGCCUUUUACUUGCCCGUAAUCAUCAUGAUUCAGCUCUACUGGCAGAUCUCCAGGGCGAGCAAGAGCCGCGUCAAGAAGGAUAAUCGCAAGCCAUCGGGAGGAACCGCUGAGCCUUUGUCGCCCGCCAAGCGCAGGAACAAACCCAACAACAACAAUAUACCGGCCGAGAACACGGCAGCCUCCCAGAGCCAGAACACGGAGGAUGGUGGCAACCAGCACGACGGCAGGAUGCAGAACGGCAAAGCGCCUUCCUCCACCGCAGAGGCGGAAACCGAGGGUGACGACACCACAAGAGAGAUCUGCGCAGCCGGCGAGGAAAAGGAGAGCUCCAAUGACUCCACUUCGGGCAGCGCGGUCGCAUCCAAUGUGAAGGAUGAGGAUGCGCCGCCUUCGGCCGCCAAUUCUGCCCCUGACCCUGGCCAUCCGCUACCCCGCCAGCGUGCCAAGGCGGGUGUCUCCAAGUUGACCUGCAUCAAGAUCAAGGCCAAAUCCCCAAAGGGCGACUGCUACACGCCAUCCAAUGCCACGGUGGAGAUUGUGCCGGCCUCAGAGCGGCAGAACCACGUGGCCCGCAAGAUUGUGAAGAUGACCAAGCAGCCGCCCGCCAAAAAGAAGAAGGUGCCCCCGUCGCGCGAAAAGAAGGUGACGCGCACCAUCAUGGCUAUCCUAGUAGCCUUUGUGGCCACGUGGACACCUUACAACGUGAUGGUGCUGAUCAACACUUUUUGCUCCAGUUGCAUCCCCAACACGGUGUGGACGCUAGGCUACUGGCUGUGCUACAUCAACAGCACCAUCAACCCAGCCUGUUACGCCCUGUGCAACGCCACCUUCAAAAAGACAUUCAAGCACCUGCUGCUCUGUCAGUACAAGAACAUUCGUUCUGCUAGGUAGACAUUUCAGAGAGUUGCGUAGUGCAGAUAUUUUGUGUGAAUGAUCGUCCAUUCUACCAUUUCCGCCAUUUCCCUCAAAAGGAUAUUUCUCCAUGACGUCACAAGUACUUACAGAAGGCAAAAGCCCACGUGAACUCAGAUGUCACCAGUAUUUAACAAAACCUUCGACAUCAUUUGACCAAGGCAGAGCAGUUCAGAAAAAAACACAGCUCAAAUGUCAUUCAAAAUAGAUUUAAUAAAAAUACAGACACUGUUAACAUGAUGACAUGGCUGACUCAUUCAGGAAAUCACAAUAAAUUUCAAAACAUUGGUCAGGGUAGACGCAGGGUAAAAGCUGGCAGACUACAAUCAGCUGUAAAUGAGCCUCGCCUAGCAUUGAGUGGUGACUAAUAUUUGAGUUUGGAUUUUUAAGCUAUGGUUGGUGGACACAUUCUUAGAACAUUAUUGAACCAAGAAGGAUUCAAGCUGUAGAAUUUGAGGUUUCUGACUUUCAUAUAAAUAGGAGAGAAAUUGUUUUUCAGGAGUAAAGUGGAGAGCAAGCUGUACAACAUUGACUUUUGUUAAAUUUCUCAAAGACGACGCAACAAAACAUUUGAUGAGAAAAUGUUUCAAACCUACUUACUUCAACCUUCUCAGAAGGUUCUCCAGAAAUUUAAAGAAUACUCUUGGGGUCUAACUGGCAGUGCAAGCCCACACACAAAUGUUUGUCAUCAUUUUAAAUUUAGGUUAGUGCUCGCCAGUUGCGUUCUGCCAUCCGAAAGCACUCCAGCGCCUAUUGUUUACAACAUUUUGAAAUGUCCUACAAGCAGUCGUAGCAUCGGUAGGAAACAGGCUACAUUUUAAUGCUCCGCAACGGGACAACAGGGCUGCCUGAAUUUACAAACCUCACGCGUUUUAAGUUCAGCGACAACACUUGUAGAUAACUGUACAAAGAUCUCUUCAUCAAAACCAAAAACUGGAUUUUUUUUUUUUGCCCUUUUUUGGAGCUUGUUUAGUUAGCAUUUAGUCGCCAUAAAACUAGAAUCCUGCUAAAUUCUAUUCGUAAUGAUUUCCUGCUCGUCGCUUGAAUUUUUUUCUUUACAGUCCUUCAAAAACAAAAACAGAUCGAUUUAAGCUGUUUGAACAGAAUACUUUUUGCUGAUCCCAACUAAUAACAUAUUUAUUAGUGCUGUCACAUUAGGAAUCUCAGCAGCGUCUAGAAGGUAGCUAAAGCUCAGAGCAUAUUAGUGUGAGGAUCAAUGUACGUGUAUGUGAGACUAUUGCAAGUUUGUGAGAGUGCGUGUGUGUGUGUGUGUAUGUCCGUAUGCUGAUGUGUGGUUGUGGGCUCCAAGUGUGGAGUUAACUUUGGAUCACACCUUCAACGGCUUGUGAUUUUAAAAGGGCUACUUGUGCGUCUUUAAUGUCAUCAUUCACAUUAGCGUCAUGUUAGCAUUUUGUGUACAUACCUUCACAAAAAAACACUGAUUAAGAGUGCGGUCACAGGUACGAAAUUAGCACAUUAGCAGACACAUUAGCAAUUUACUGUUCAAAAUUGGCCCAUUACACGCUCAGCUAGAGCGUGUGCAUGCUCGCUCGCGGAAGGAAGGGCAGCAUUUUGUCUAUUUAUCUGCUUCAAUGCUUUCUUGGACAUGCAUGAAAAAUACAGUAAUACAGUACAUGGGGUCCUCGGUUUACGACGUUGAUCCGUUCCUCCGCGGCGAUGUAAACCGAAUUUCGGCGUAGGUGUAGGUCGAAACAGUCAUUAGUAGAUGAAACAGUACAGUAAUAAUGAAAGAUAAAACAAUUCCUUACCUUUAUUUUUGCGGUUGUGGUACAGCAAUAAAAAGGAGAAAACUAGUCCUUACCUUUAUUCCUGUGGUUGGCUUGCACACUGGAAGGUCCGUUGCAAAAGCGAAGCGACGCAACUGUCCAAAAUGGCGUAUACUAUGCGAGUGGGUAACGCAAUCUUCCACAGCAAGGUGUAUUCUUCCGCCACGCGCACCAACUAGUUCCCGCGCGGGUCACGACUCUUACGACGCCUUUACAAAACCGCUUCGGACGAAAAAAAGGCUUACAUGUAUAUGAGCCGUGUGUCAUAAACCGAGGACCAAUAUAAGAACAAUAUAGGAAGCGAAAACAUUUUCUCAAAAAACAAUAUUAAAAGAACAAUAUAAGAAGCAAAAAAAUUUUCUCAAAAAACAAUAGAAGAAGAUCAAUAUAAGAAGUAAAAUCAUUUUCUCAAAACCAUGGCAAAAAAAGCCCCAUGUUGCCUGGUUGGAUGCGUAAAUGCAAUACAAAAGUAGCAUUACUCCACCAGGAAGCUUAUUCAGUAUUUUUUCCAUCUCAAUGCAAUUUGAUUUGAAUUAUUUAUUUCACCAAGGCCACAACACAUAUUACAGUUGUGACAAUUCUACCCAGCAUGUCCUUUUGUCUCACAAUAUAUACGUAUAUAAUGAAUUAUCAUAAGUGAUAACAAUGAUUUAAUUCGUUGAAGUAUCUCGAGCAGAAAACAAUAUUCCACUUACUAUUGUCGACUUGUCCUCGUGUCCAUCUCGUUUUACAUGCAGUCCGCCUAGAGAGGUGAAGGAGGACCAAAUUAAUACAACUUCAUAUGAAAAUUGGAGGGCGAAAAUGGUAGAAAAGCGACAAGGAAAAUUUCUAGGGAACAUUUAGUUCAAAUGACCUUUUUUCUUUUUUCGCCUUCUUCUUGGGAGAGGGAGAAUGGUGGUGAAACCGGACCACUAUUUCUGGCUAAAAUGUAAUCAUCCUCACAACAUGUGAUUUUCAAGGUCGUGACAAGAGGAAUAUUAUUACACUUACCAAAAUGGUAUUAGUGCCGUUUCAUCCACCGAAAUGUCUGUUGGCGACGCCACGCCAUUUUGGCGUCCCUCUGUAAACAUAACGAACAGAAAACGCGGCUAAGCUAACAUAUAUUUUCUGUUUAUUUUCGGGAAUGUGGUAGAUUAACAAACGUACAAACGUUGUGACAAAAGUAACAUUAACACACUUACCAGGACAGAAAUGUCGUCUUUUUUUCCUAUGGUGGACAAACCACGUACGGUUUUGCCGCCAUGUUCAUCGUCCCGCGAUGUGGGUGGAAAUUGGAAAGUACGUUUCCGGUUGUGUGCUGCCCUCUAGUGGCGUGGAAGACCUCGGUUGAAAGUCAAUUAAGCGAACAGCCAUAAAUCAAAUAAAAAUGACAUAAAUCUAUACGUAUUGACGAUGAAAUCGAGGAAUAAAUCAUGUUUUUAAAGAAAUUAAAAAAUAAAAGGAACAAAAUAAAAACGUGAAUUGAGUUCUUUGACAUAGGCUGAAGGAACGUCGACCAUGUUGGCCUUGCCGUUGUUCCAAUCUGUACAUCCAAGUGCACCAUUGGAAAUUGCAGAAUUUUAUUUCACAUCACCACAUCGUUAUCAUCGUGCCGUCAGAGCUAAUCGGGCUCCUCUUCACACGGCUUUCGUCAAAGGGCUAGAAUAUUCCCAUGUAGGAAGAAAAAGUAGGGAUGACGCAAAGACAUUUUACAGACUGGACAGAAAAUGGGAAAUAUCGUCAGAUUGUACGGAGCAAUUUCAAAGUGCCUUAGGGGGAAUGAUAGAAUUGCUCUUUGUGUGCUUGAAUACGAACGUGUGUUUGCUCUGAGCUACAGCUACUUUCAUUUAACAGCUGCCACAUUUGUGUCCAUAUUUGCAAUGUGUGUGUGUGCGUGAUCUAGAUUUCAAAUAGGCUUCCAAAGACCCCUGCAUACACGCAACAUUUCACACGCAUUUUAUAAUCACUUUACAAAACGUGCCCUUGCAAACGGUACAGAAACUUUGUGCGUUAAAACUAUUUUUAUUUUUAGUAAUAUAAUAAUAAUGUGCAUUUCUGUGGGCAUGAUUUGCAAUGUUGUGCAGGAGAAUGCCAAAAGUGGACACAAAAAAAAAAAAAAACAUUUGGCCCCACUGCCAGCUGCAUUUUUUUGUUUUGUAGAUGUUUUUGUGUGUUACUUGUGGGAAAAAUAGUUCAUGUAAAUACAAAUAUAUAUAAAUAUAUAUGACAUAUAUAUGUAAGAAUUGGAAAUGUACAUAGGUGUGUUUCAUAGCUUCCCGAAUGCCUCGUCUGAUAACCCCCCCCCCCCCCCUCUCCUGUACAGGAACAAUGAUAUUGAUGAUUUUUCAUGCAUCUUAGUGGUUAAAAAUUGUGCCAUAUUCUUUCAGGAUGAAAAUAAAAACAAUAAA